AUUAUUUGAUGCAGAUCUGUCCUAUGUUUGUACAUCAGCAUGGUUUUAUGUGAGGUUUGUUGUCCCAAGACCUGCCCUAAUCUCUCUCUUUUCCUUCUUCUUCUUCUUCUUCUUCCUCUUUUUUUUCUUUUUUUUUUCUUUUUUUGGCUAAGCCUGCUUGGGUUUAAGUGAGGGAGGCCAUCAAAACUUCUUGUGAUUCAAAGUAGUCCUGUAUCAAGCUUGUGAUCAAGAUAUUUAUUUUUAACGAAGAAAUAACAUUAGCUCAAAUUUACUUUUACGAUGGAAGCUUUAUUUGGGGUCCUUCUGCUGGUUCAUGUUCCUAAUCUGAAUCCUUGUGCUGGUUAUCUUAUAAUGCAAAAUGAGUUUCCUGACAAUGUUGAAUAUGAAGCACAUUCUGUAGACGAGCAAAUUUGUCCCGAGAGGCAGGCCAAUAUCUUCUCUAGAAUAUAUUUUGGCUCGAUUACUCCACUCAUGCAGCAAGGUUAUAGAAGACCUAUCACAGAAAAGGAUGUUUGGAAGUUAGACACAUGGGAUCAGACUGAAACACUGAUGAAGAAGUUCCAAAGAAUUUGGGCUGAAGAAACUCAAAGAAAGAAGCCCUGGCCUUUAAGAGCACUGAAUAAUAGCCUGGGGGGAAGGUUUUGGUUGGGAGGCCUAUUCAAGAUUGUGCUGGAGAACCUGGAAAUCAUUGGUGGAUGCAAGCACUUUAUUAUUUCUCAUUUGAACAUUGUAGAUUGGCUUCGACCUUUCUUUGUUUGUGGGGCCACUCUUAUUGAACCAUCUCUUAAAGGAAGGAUAACAAACAUGAUCACAACAGAUGCCAGUGCAAAUGAGCAAAUGUGCCAACCACUUCAUGGAUUAUGGUCAGCUCCAUUUCGUAUUGUCAUGUCAAUGGUUCUCCUUUACCAGCAGCUUGGUGUUGCUUCACUUCUUGGAGCAUUAAUUCUAGUCCUUAUGGUCCCUGCACCGCUUAACAGUUUUAUGCUGAACAGCAUACCAGUUGUCUUGACUGUGGUUUCAUUUGGGACAUUCACUUUGCUUGGUGGAGAUCUGACAUCAUCUAGGGCAUUUACAUCACUUUCUUUGUUUGCAAUGCUACAGUUUCCUUUGAAAACACUUCCUAAUUUAUUAAGUCAGGUUGUAAAUGCUAAUGUAUCAUUAAAACGUCUUGAGGAGCUACUCUUAGCUGAAGAGAGAACUCUAGCACCAAAUCCACCACUUAAACCAGGUCUUCCAGCUAUCUCAAUCAAGAAUGGCAAUUUUUCAUGGGAUUCAAAGGCAGAGAAGCCUACAUUAUCAAAAAUCAAUUUGGAUGUGCCAGUUGGCAGCUUUGUUGCCAUUAUUGGUGGAACUGGAGAAGGGAAAACAUCUCUUAUAUUGGCAAUGCAAGGGGAGCUGCCUCCUGUUGCCACUCCAAGUGUUGUUAUUAGAGGAACAGUAGCAUAUGUUCCUCAAGUUUCAUGGAUUUUCAAUGCUACUCUAACUUAUAGCCUUUUAGGGCUCUGGAAUAGUGCUUUCUCAGUACGUGACAAUAUAUUAUUUGGAUCUGGAUUUGACCAGGAAAGAUAUUGGAAGACAAUAGAUGUUACUGAAUUACAGCAUGAUCUUGACUUACUGCCUGGUCAUGAUCUCACAGAGAUUGGUGAAAGAGGAGUGAAUAUUAGUGGUGGGCAGAAGCAGAGAGUUUCCAUGGCAAGAGCUGUCUAUUCCAAUUCAGAUGUCUACAUAUUUGAUGACCCUUUAAGUGCUCUGGAUGCACACAUCAGACAUCAGGUUUUCAGCAAAUGUAUCAAGGAAGAGCUGCAAGGAAAAACCCGAAUACUUGUUACAAACCAGCUGCAUUUUCUUCCCCAAGUGGACCAAUUAAUUUUGGUCUCUGAAGGGGGGAAAGGGUGCAAAUCUAUGCUUAUCAAGCCGGAAGAAAGGGAAACAGGUGUUAUCAGCUGGAAUGUUCUGGUUAGGUACAAAGAUGCACUAGGAGGCCUGUGGGCAGUGAUGAUAGUCUUUACAUGCUGUUUAUCAACUGAAGUUCUUCAAAUUUUAGGUGACAGUGACAUUGACAAACUCCUUUUUGUUGAUCUCUUCAAGUCUUUGUGCAGCCAGAAGCUUCUUUCAACUUUUUCCCUGAGAGGCAUUGUGAGCACAAUUUCAUUAUGGGCCAAACUGCCACUUCUUAUCUUGUUUUACACAUCCUAUCUAUAUUAUCAGAGCACAGCCCGUGAAAUAAAACGCUUGGACUCCAUUACCAGAUCUCCUGUUUAUGCACAAUUUGGAGAAGCACUAAACGGUUUAUCCACCAUCAGUGCAUACAAAGCAUAUGACAGGAUGGCCAACAUUAACGGGAAGUUCAUGGAUAAUAACAUAAGAUUCACUCUUGCAAAUACCAGUGCAAAUCAUUGGUUCAAUAUAAGGUUAGAAACAUUAGGGGGCAUCAUGAUUUGGCUGACAGCUACUUUUGCAGUUAUGCAGAAUGGAAGAGCAGAAAACCAGGCAGCAUUUGCAGCAACAAUGGGUCUACUCCUCAGUUAUACUUUAAAUAUCAAGAAUCUUUUGGGUGGUGCUCGAAGACAGGGAAGUUUAGCUGAGAAUAGCUUGAAUGGUGUAGAGCGUGUGAGCGCAUACAUUGAUCUAUCUUCAGAGGCUCCAGAUGUAAUUGAGAGCAAUCGACCACCACCUGGGUGGCCUUCAUCAGGAUCAAUUAAGUUUGAGGAUGUUAUCCUACGUUAUACGCCUGAACCUCCUCCAGUAUCGCAUGGAUUAUCCUUCACUGUUUCUCCAAGUGAGAAGAUAGGGAUUGUGGGAAGAACUGGUGCAGGGAAAUCAAGCAUGCUAAAUGCAUUAUUUCGUAUUGUUGAGAUGGAAAAAGGAAGAAUAUUAAUUGAUGGUUAUGAUCUUGCUAAAUUUGGACUAAAAGAUCUGCGAGAGGCCCUCAGCAUCAUACCACAAUCACCUGUUCUUUUCUCAGGUACCAUAUCAGACAUUCUAGAUAAGGUACAUUUAAAGGAUAUCAUCAGGAAGAAUCCUCUUGGUUUAAAUGCUCUGGUUUUUGAGGGUGGGGACAAUUUUAGUAUUGGGCAGAGACAACUACUAAGUCUUGCUCGAGCAUUACUGCGGAGAUCAAAGAUUCUUGUUCUAGAUGAAGCAACUGCAGCUGUUGACGUUGGAACUGAUGCUCUUAUCCAGAAAACUGUUAGGGAAGAAUUCAAAUCAUGCACCAUGCUAGUAAUUGCUCACAGAUUAAAUACAAUCAUGGACUGUGACCGGAUUCCUGUGCUUGAUGCUGGCCAGGUGAGCCUUCAAAUGGAUUCUUAUUUUGACAAUUCCUCCUUUCUUUCUUCCUGCAAACAUGUGGUAAUAGACAUGUCAUGGUUUCCAUGGCUUGCUGUGACGAGCAGGUUGCCCCAACGUAGCAGGCUUAAAGUGUAAGUUCAUGAAAUGUAGAAGACAGUAGGCAACUGAAAGUGUCAACAUGCACAGUUGACUGUACCAGUCUUUCGUUAUAUGAUUAGAAAGGUAUUAGGUGUUAUCAGACAUUUUGUGCACAAGCUCAGAAGUAUGGUUUUCUCAAGCUUUGAUUCUUAGUAAUAGAUUUUGCAAUGAUAC